AUGCCUGUUGCCCGGGGCCACUACCGCAUCAGGGGAACAAUGGCAGCGACCCGGUAUCAUCCAGUACCCAGCAGCAACCAGUGCCAACACCCCAUGGUUCCAGCAGCAGUGGCAGUGGCAAUCCCUCGGCGCCGGCUCCCGCCACCAGAGAUCCCGAGCGGGUGUUCAGGCAAGCAUCAGUGGCCAUUGACCAGAGCUAUCCACCACCAUGGUCUCCCACCUCCGAGAACGCCUUCGCCGCACCCACCGGGGCCGUCGCUGUCAAGCGCAGCAUCCACGCAGGUGUCGAGGCGCUCCCCCCCCCCCUCACCCCGAGUUAGCACAGCGUCCAAGGCACAGCGGCCACCGCAACGAAGCGCCGCCCCAGAGUGGCUCCGACCAUGCCCUCCAGCCACCCAGAGCACCACCACCCGCGGACAGCCUCCCAAGCUACCCCUGUGA